CCCUUCAGAGCGUGUGAGGACCGCAGCGUACUUGUGAUACAUUCUUGUCAUUAGUGCGUCGAUUUAAUCAGAAAAUAUAUCGUAUUUCAAAGUAAAAAAUAGUAUAUACCUUCAUCAACAUGGCUUAUCGUGAUCGUGAUCGUGGUGACAGAAGAGGAGGUGGAGCACGUGGAGGGGGACGUUUUGGUAGUCGAGAUGGAAGUAGUGGGGGUAGCAGAUUUGGUAGCAGUUCUAAUAGAGAUGGUGGUAAUUUUGGCAACAACUUCAAAAAUCGGCAACCCGGCGAGCGUCUUCGUAAACCAAGAUGGGACAUGAGCACACUGCAACCAUUUAGAAAAGAUUUUUAUCAACCUCAUCCUAAUGUUACAACUAGAAACCCACAUGUAGUUGAGGCUUAUCGUUCAGAUAAAGAAAUUACUGUAAAAGGUACAGAUAUACCAGGACCAAACAUAUUUUUUGAAGAAGGUGGAUUCCCAGAUUAUGUUUUAAAUGAAAUCCGUAGACAAGGAUUUGGGGAACCAACAGCAAUUCAAGCACAGGGCUGGCCCAUUGCUUUGUCUGGACGUGAUAUGGUUGGGAUUGCGCAAACAGGGUCUGGAAAAACAUUAGCAUACAUUUUACCAGCAAUUGUACAUAUUAAUCAUCAACCUAGGUUGAACCGAAAUGAUGGACCUAUAGCCCUUAUUCUAGCACCAACAAGGGAGCUUGCACAGCAGAUUCAACAAGUUGCAUCAGAUUUUGGAGUCUCAUCGCAAGUAAGAAAUACUUGUAUUUUUGGUGGAGCUCCAAAAGGUCCUCAAGCUCGUGACCUUGAACGUGGUGUUGAAAUUUGUAUAGCCACUCCUGGUCGCCUCAUUGAUUUCUUAGAACGUGGUACAACAAAUUUACGUAGAUGUACAUAUUUAGUACUGGAUGAAGCUGACAGAAUGCUUGAUAUGGGCUUUGAGCCACAAAUUAGAAAAAUUGUUGAACAAAUCCGACCUGAUCGACAAACCUUAAUGUGGUCUGCAACAUGGCCAAAGGAGGUUCGCAAUCUCGCAGAAGAAUUUCUGACUGAUUAUAUACAAAUUAAUAUUGGUUCCCUGCAAUUGGCAGCUAAUCACAACAUCCUUCAGAUCGUUGAUGUAUGUGAAGAAUAUGAAAAAGAGGGUAAACUUAUGAAACUGUUAGAAGAAAUUUCAAACGAGCCAGAAAAUAAAACAAUUAUCUUUGUUGAAACUAAGAGGAAAGUGGACGAUAUAACACGUGCAAUUAAUAGGUAUGGAUGGCAAGCAAUUGGCAUACAUGGAGAUAAAAGUCAACAAGAAAGAGAUUACGUAUUAAAUCAAUUCCGGAGUAGCAGAUCUGCCAUACUAGUAGCUACAGAUGUUGCAGCAAGAGGAUUAGAUGUGGAAGAUGUUAAGUUUGUGAUAAAUUUGGACUACCCAUCCAAUUCUGAAGACUAUGUACACCGUAUUGGACGUACAGGACGGUCGCAGCGUACGGGAACCGCGUACGCAUUUUUCACACCUGGUAACGCGCACAAAGCUAGUGACUUAAUUCAAGUUUUAGAAGAAGCGAAGCAAGUCGUAAACCCUAAACUCUAUGAGUUGUCAAGGAAUCCAGGCAUUUAUAAAAGAGGUCGUUACGCAGGACGUAGUGGAGGUGGCAGUGGCCGUGGUUCAGGAGGCCGUGGUGGUGGCCCUCGAGGAUCUCGUGGUGGUCGUGAUGGAGGAGAUAAUAGGGGUGGCAGAUUUGAUCGUUCCAGUGGUGGAGGAGAUAGAGGAAAAUGGAAUGGAAAUAAUAGCAGUGGUAUGGGAGGAGGUAGUUACAGUAGUAAAACAUUCUCUCAAAACAGUUAUGGUGGAGCUUCUGGUGGCGGCUCCGGCGGUUAUCAAAACGGCGGUGGAUACGGAGGAAAUGGAGGUGGAGGUGGUGGUGGAGGUGGUGGUGGUGGUGGAAGUAAUUAUAGGCAACAAAAUGGUUAUUAAUAUCAGAAUAAUUAAUUCUAAAAGAAUAUAUUAUGUAAUAUAGUAAAAGGAAAAAGAGACGGGAGAAUGGUCCUAUCUGAAAUAGAACAUGUUUUCCGUACAACGUGCUUCUUAUUGUGACUGGACACGAAAGAAAAGUAAAACGCACGCGGUAUUAUCACCGUUUGAAACAAGACAUAAGGUAUUAGAUCGUUCAGGUUAUGUCGAGUCAAGGACACCUAGGCAUUCUCUUUUUUAGUAAAAAUAAAUGUAAGUGUAAUAGUAGGUAAAAAACUUGAUAACUUUUGACUUGUGACUCCUGCAGUUACGACCACUUACUCCUUUUUAACACAACUUCAUAUUUACCAGUUCUCUAGGAAUUUCAAUGUGUAUUGAAACAAAAGAGGAAUUCGUAAAGUCUAAGUACAAGAUGCAGUAGUAUUUAUUUCCAGAAUGUCAACAUUUUAUAGGAGUGAGGAAAUUGAACCCAUGAAAAAAAUAAGUACAUGACUCAGAGUAACUUGCCUUAUGACUACACUUCUCGAAUUAAUUAUGUCGUAAAUGCACGGAUCAAUUGUAUUACUUGAAAGCGUACAAUGCAUUGCACUGUAUUUAAUUUAAACGCGCGUGAAAUCUUA